AUGUCAGAGUCUUAUGUGUUUGAAGAGCUAGACUGUGAUGAGCCCACCAAUGAACAAACGCGUUUUAAACGGCUGCAACAUGUUGUUUCUGGUCAGUGGAAAAAUAUAUUGAUUGGAUUGUUAUCUCAAACUUUGUACGCGACUUUUUUGGUUCUAUUAACCUACUUUUUGACGAAAGGACGUGUAUAUGAAACAGAAAUUGUGACGAGCUCUACAUUUCCAGCGUUACCUAGCACAUCUUCAAAAGCUGAUUCAACGUCUGCAUCCACUACAACAUUGCUGACUCCGGCACCCUCAAACAUCAAUACUUGCGUCUUCGGCUUCACCUACAUUAAUGGUAAAUGUUGGCGACUAUUCACUGAUCCCCAAACACGAGAAAAUGCUGACUCUGUUUGUAUGAGCUACGGUGGUUCGACACUUUUCUCGAUUAGAAAUGAACAGGAAAAUAAUGCAAUUUUUGAUUUUGUGUCAAACAGUAGUGUUGAUUAUUUCUGGACAGGGUUGAUUUGUAAAGGGAAUACUAUUUCUUCGUGCAUUUGGGAUAAGGAAAGUGGAUCCGCAGACGGCUAUGAUAACUUUUCAGACGAUUAUCCUGACGUGGCCAUUGGGGAGUGCGUUUACUUCAUCACUACUGGAUCAGAAGCUGGAAAAUGGAAAAGUGGCUCGUGCAAUCCGACAAUGAGUUUCAUAUGCGAACUACCUCCAACAAUUCAGGACAACAAUUGCGAGAACAAUUACAACAAUCAUUGUUACCUACGCUACGAUUUGUCCUACACUGUUGCUCAAAGUCAGAAGUUCUGCAGAUCAAUAUGCGGCAACCUCGUUUCAAUCACAUCGGCCAAUGAAAAUCGUUACGUUCAAUCAAUAUACAUUGGCGGUGGAUAUAUUACACUUGGCGCAGUGGUUCCAAAUGUCAACAUCAUAUACUGGAUGGAUGGAUCACCAGCGACAUAUAAUAAUAUUCAACAUUAUACAAAUGGAACUUGUCUCUUUCUGAAUCUUGCAUGGGACAGUACCGAUCACUGGUACACUGUCGAUUGCGCCGAAGAAUCAUGGUUUCUGUGUAAACGGUCCACAGGAGCUAACUAUAUUUGUUGA